CUCUUUUCUUAUGACUCUAGUUAACUUUUUCAUAUACCAUGAUGCUGGGCUAACCUCACUUUGAAAGGGGUUUCAUCGACGAGACAGCCAGAAUCACAACACUGGGCAGGGAGGCGGCUCGGUUUCCAAUAGAUCCAGCCUGGUACCUAGCGAUCCGUGAAGCAGAGCGUCUUAACUGCUCUUGGGAGAUACUUUCCAUCACAACUCUCAUGAGCGUGCAACAGUCAAUUUUUGUACGCCCUCGCUCAGUAAGGCAUGUCGCUGACUUGGCACGAGCACAGUUUGGCCAUCCGUCCUCCGAUCAUCUCACAUAUCUCAAUGCGCUUAAUGCAUAUAUGAGAAUGAAGAAAGAAGAGACUAAGAAAGAAGAAGCGACGAAGGGGGCUGGAUUGGAUCCAAAGAAGUGGUGUAUGGAUCACUUUCUUUCAUAUGGCAUCUUGGAAGAGGUCCUCCGAAUACGAGAACAACUUGCACGUAUGCUAGGGAAAUACGGAUACGAUUUCACAUCGGCCGCAUUUGGCACUCCCGACUACGAAAUUAAGAUUAGGAAAGCUUUGGCACUUAGCUUCUUCCAUCAAGCAGCAAUCAAAGUGUCAGGAGAGGGCACAUGCAAAACCAUACAUCACGACGUACCCGCCCUGAUCCAUUGGGACAGUAUGUUAGCAGAGGGCGACAUCGAAUGGAUCGUGUACAAUCGGUUUACGUUCACGGGCGGCAAGCAAUACAUCCAAACGAUCACCGCUAUUGAGCCAGAAUGGAUUAUGGUAUGCAAUUCAACUUACUCAACAAUAUCUCUCCUUUGCUAACGUAUUCUAGGACUUGCCGUUUUUCCAAAACAUGCCAGAAAGACUUGACGGU